AUGACGCAUCGCUCUCUCCUCCCCUUGCUGGCCGCGUCUGCGGCCUCUGUCGUUGGCCAAUCUACUUCCGCAAGCAGCUCAGCGGGCUCUUCAGUAGUUGAUAUCAUCUUGCCUAUGCUCGAGCCUCAGACCAUUAUGGGCUCCGUUGUGGGUGUUGAUGCGACGGCGACGACGUUCUUUCUCACCUGCCCGACAGAUGCGGUCUCUCUCCAGUGUGGUCUCGGCAAGGGCCUGGAGAUCGUGGAGGGACAAGAGGUGCUGGAGGUGCACAUGACGCAAGAUAAUGUCGUAACUGCCGACAUAUCUUGCUCUAUCAUUUCCAACACUGCCAGUUGCACCUCCUCGGUGGCAUCAAUCGACUUCUCCCGGACAAUGCCAGUUACUGUCACGGCAGUGCUCGAGAAAUUGACCGCAACAGCCACUGCGACAUCUGCCUCUCAGCCUAGCAGCAGCGUAGUCACUGCCGGUGUGCCCAGAAUGACGCAGAACGCGGUUUUAGCUGGAGCCGCAGUUAUGUUUGGAGGUGCAAUGAUGCUUUAAGGGCUACGUACUGCACUCGGGGCAGUAUUUUAGACGUGGUAAAAUACUUCAUAUGGCUGGCCGCUUCUGAUUUGAGCAAAUCCAC